UAUUAAUCAUUUUAAGGACUCGACAUUUCUCUAGCAAGCAAAAUUUCAACACAAAUUCCCAACGAAAUUAUUGUGUGUAUUUGUGGUAAGCGCCAAGUUGCUUAGCGCCUUACGCAAAACAAUCACAAAAUCGAACCGAACUCAUUGCCGUUCUGGAUGCACAGCGCCAAAAAUUUCAACAAAAAACACAGCAGAAAGAAAAAAACUUGAACUGAAAAGACAAAGCGUGAAAUCUACGACGGGGCGGGGCCACGCACCACUGUAAAUGGAAUGCGCAAAUGUUUACUAAAUUCUUUAUUGAGAAAAUGGACAAAAAAUUACAACAACAGCAGCAGCAGCAGCAGCCACUCCAAGCCAAGUUAGCAGCAUUCGAGUCCAAAUUAAAGCAGAAUAAUCUGCCAGUCUUGACGACGACGACGACGACAACAACAACUGGAGCAGCAGCUGGAGCUGGAGCAGCAGCAGCAAAUAGCAACAAACAUGUGACGAAGAGCACGCAGCACGGCAAUCGACAAACGACAAUGAAGGAUUCACAGGGUGGACACAAGGAGCGCGGCGACAAAUCGACUACAAAAUAUGAAACUUUACUCAAUCGCUAUGCGCUGCCGGUGGCUGCGCAGCCGGUGGUGAUGCCGCUGCUGAGCCAAGUGCAGCGUGUGAACAACGAUUUGACGGACAAAUUGUCGCGCCUGACGCGACGCAACAACAUCAAGUUUCGCGAGCUGGCGGCAAUGCAGGCGCAGGAUAAGAACACGGAGGCAUUGCUAGCGCUGCAGACUUCCAUACCCGAGAUUAGUCAAAUCUUUGAUGUGCAUUGUCGCAUUGGCAGCGGCACCUUCAGCAGCGUCCUGCUGGGCACGCUGCAGCGUGAGCGGCAACUGCCGGAGGCGCAACGUCGUCGCUUCGCCAUCAAACAUCACAAUCCGACAAAUCAUCCGGAGCGCAUUCUACGCGAACUCGAGUGCAUGUUUCGCAUGGGCGGCGAUCAUAAUGUGAUUGGCAUCAAUUGCUGCAUACGCUACAACGAUAAUGUGGCAUUUGUUAUGCCCUUUAUGAGUCACGAUCGCUUCCACGAUGUCUACCGCAGCUUGAGCCUGCUGGAGGUCAAAGAGUACUUGCGCAAUCUGCUGGUGGCGCUGCGUCAUGUCCACAAGUUCAAUGUUAUACAUCGCGAUGUCAAGCCGAGCAACAUUCUGUAUAAUCGCCGCACGGGCAAGUUUCUGCUCUGCGACUUUGGACUGGCGCAGCGACUCACCGAGGACGGCAGUUUGAUCCAGGCCUCGGAUCUGAGUGGCGCAGCGGCGUUGCUGCGCGAUAUGGAUGCAGCGCAGCAGCAGCUGUAUCGCCAUGAGGGCAACAGUCUGCAGGCGGAGGCAGAGGCGGCGGCGCUGCGGCAAGCGGACCCGGAGCGACGCAUACGCGCAGCGGGUGGCGGCACCACAGCCUUCGAGUCCAGUCCCAUGGAGCCGACCAAGAAGGAGCUGGCGGCGCAAAAGGCGGACACGCAGCGGCUGAUCAAUCGCUUGCGCUUCAUCAACGUCAAUGUGGAUCCCAACAACUAUGUGGUGUCGACCAAUAGCGGCCGCAAGGAAAUGCACGCCUCUCGAGCUGGCACGCCCGGCUAUCGGCCGCCUGAGGUGCUGCUGCGUUAUCCGCAUCAGACCACUGCCGUGGAUGUUUGGGCCGCGGGCGUCAUAAUGCUCUCCAUGCUGUCGUCGCUGCAUCCGUUCUUCAAGGCGCCCAGCGACUGCGCUGCGCUCUCCGAGAUUAUGAAUCUCUUUGGCGAUCUGCAGGUGCGCAAGACCGCCUUCAUGCUGGAUCGCCUGGUGCUGCUCACCCAAAAGGUUGGCGCUCUGGACUUGAAACGCGUCUGCAUGCGCUUUCGCUAUGCCGCUCAGUUUCUCUCGCCGGAAAUGCAGCGACGCCAUCGCCAGGCCGAUGGCAACAGCGAGCUCUGCCGCAGCUGCGAGCAGCCCACCUACAAUUGCAUCUGCAAGCACAGCACGCAUCAGCUGGAGACCUACGAGGGCCUGGACAUCUUUCCGCUGCAUGCCUAUGACUUGCUCUCGCGCCUGCUUGAGAUCAAUCCACAGCGUCGCAUUACCGCCGAAGAGGCGCUGCGUCAUCCUUUCUUUAGCGAGCAUCAUCGUCUAGUUGCUGGCGUGCCCUUCAGUCACCAGCACCAGCAGCAGCAGCAGGCGGGCAUUGCCCAGCUGCGCUCGCGUGAGUCGUUGCCCUCCACUGCUGGCGGCUCGCGUGGCCUCAAGCCAUAUCUCUCCCAUCCGCUGGGGCUCAGCAAUAGCACGCGCACCGCUGCGGCCUCAAGUACGACGCAUGUUUGAUUCAACGUUCAUGUCCAAGCCUCUCAGCCUGAGAUCACCGCGUAUAAACAAAAAUUGUAUUGUGCAACAAGCUCUAAAUUUUGCAACAACAUAAAAAUAA